AUGGAUGCCAAUCCGGCCAAGCGGCGCAAGACCGACCACUCGGGUGCCGGCGAGCCCUACGGGGCGCUGCCCUUUGAUGCCGCCGCCGCGUCGGCCGGCCUCUUCCGGCCAAGCACAUUUAUCCUCGAAACGGCUGAGCUAUUGCAGCAAAGCCGUGUCGACUACGGAAAGAUGCUGCCCAAUGCGGAGGAGCUGUUGCGCAAUGUCAAGACGGCCGUCGAGUCGGUCGACACUCACGGGCCGAUGCUGAUCUCGAAAGCCUCCGUGUCCUUUGAGAAAAAGAACGCAAUCAAGAUUCCCUACCCGACACCCCGCCCUGCCGAAGACUCGCUGCUCAAGCUCUCCAUGGAGCCGCCAGCACACUGCAACGUCGUCGGCAGUUACGUGCUCAAGACGAUGGUCCGCUCGCAGCGCGACGUUGCCGUCGACAUGAUUGUCGAGAUGCCCAAGACGCUCUUCCAAGACAAGGACUACCUCAACCUGCGGUACUUCUACAAGCGCGCUUACUAUCUGGCACACGUCGCCAAGGCCAUCGCCAAGUCGGCCGCCCUCUCCGACGCGAUAGCUGAUGCGUCCUUUGCCUACCUCGGCGACAACCCGCUGCUGCCGAUUUUGGUUCUCACGCCCAAGGCGACGGCUCCGAGCGCGACAAAGACGGGCCGGAACUCGACUCUUGAGUGCAAGAUCCGCAUUGUGCCUUGCUGCCCUGGUGGCUUGUUCCCGUCCACGAAGCUCUUGGCCAGCAAGAACUGCCUCCGGCCUGACGCCGGCACAUCCGAGACGAUGACGACCUCCACUACCGAAUCGAGCGAGUCAAAGACCUUGCCGCCGACGCCGUUCUACAACACCACCCUCAAGGCCGAGUCUGCCUACCUGCCGUACCUCAAACUGCUGCAUCAGGCUCAGAAGUCCUGCUCGGCCUUUGUCGAUGCGUGUCUCCUUGGCCGCGUGUGGCUGCAGCAGCGCGGCUUUGGCAGUUCCAUGGCCCGCGGUGGUUUUGGUGCCUUUGAGUUUGCAACAGUUGUCGCGCUGCUGUUGCAGACCAGCAGCCAGAAGCGCACCUCGUCCGGCUCGGGAGCGUCCGCCAGGAAGGCCGCCUCGAUCCUCUCGCCCUCACUCAGCAGCACGCAGAUCUUCAAGGCUGUUGUCCAGUUCCUGGCCUCCACUGACUUCCGCACAAAGCCUCGUGUGCUCGGCGGCCAAGUGACCGAUGUUGAUUCGAUCAAGGAGGGUACACCCGUCCUGUUCGAUGCCGGCAGUCGCCAGCUGAACAUCGCCUACAAGAUGAGCGCGUGGUCGGCGGGUCUACUGCGCCAGCACGCUAAGCGCACGCACGAUCUGCUCAAAGACGACUCUGUCAUUGAUCAGUUCACGCCGACGUUCAUCGCCCGUGCUGACAUUCCCCUCGAGGCUUUCGACAUGGUGGUGCGCGUCCGCCUUCCGACCUCGGCAUCCUCUGCCGCACACAGCGAGGCGGCCGCCCACCUCAGCCGCCGCGGUGCCGUCUGGGACUUUGGCGACAGCGUCUUCCAGACGAUGAAGCGCGCCCUGGGCGACCGUGCACAACUGAUCCACAUCCAGCUUCCGUCGUCUUCGGCCUGGUCGGUCGAUGCAACGCUCCCCGAACCCUCGUCCAAGGGUACGCCACCAAUCUACGUCCUUCUCUGCAUCUCGUUCGAUGCUGCCAACAUGGCCCGCCACAUCGAUCAUGGCCCGCCCGCCGAGGACAAGAAAGAGGCCAAGAAGUUCCGCGAGUUCUGGGGCGAGCGCGCGGAGCUGCGUCGCUUCAAGGACGGCAGCAUUCUCGAGACGCUUGUGUGGACGGCCGGCCAAUCGCCGGCCGGUCUGUGCGAGGAAAUUACGCGUUACAUCCUUGGUCAGCGUCUGGGCCUCAUAGUGGAAGGAGAUAUUGAGGUUGUGGCCGGCAGCGAUGCCGCGAGCAGCUUCUCGGCGCUUGUGCCCAUUACACCCGUCGUCGACGCUGCCGCGUUCGCGCUUGCGCGCGAGGCCUUUGCGACUCUCGAGGCCGACAUCCGUGCUCUCGAGGACCUGCCACUGCAUGUGCGCCAGGUCUCGGCCAUCGACCCGGCCCUGCGGUCCGCUACCAUUUCACCACCUGCUGUGCAAUCGCCCAAGGCCGUCCUGCACCCGAUGGAGGUCGCCCUAUUCUUCGAGGCGUCCGGCAAGUGGCCUGACAACCUGGCCGCCAUCCAGCGCGCCAAGAUGGCAUUCCUCCUGCGCAUUGGCGAGUCGCUCGAGGCCGCCAUGGCCGCAAGGGGCGACAGCAACUCCCUCGAGACCUUUGUCGGCCUCGAGAACGACGAGCAGGCCGGCACCCGUAACACGAGCUUCGCCAACCUGGCCUACCUUGACAUUGUCUACCGAGACAGUGCUGCGUUCCGCCUGCGCAUCCACAGCGACCUCGAAGAGGCCAUUCUGUCGCGCCAGACCCACGACAAAACACUCGACCAGCACACGCGCACCGCCAGCGCCAGCCUGCUGGCCGCCGUGCGCCGCACAUUCAGUACGCUGCCGCUGCACACGCAGAUCAUUGCAACGUACUGCACGCGCUUCCCGGCGCUGUCGCCCACGAUCCGCCUCGUGAAGCGCUGGUUCAGCGCCCACAAACUGACGUCGCACGUGUCCGAGGAGUUUGUCGAGCUCGUCGUGCUGCACGUGUUCUUGCGGCCGUAUCCCUGGCAGACGCCCGCGAGUGCGGCUCCGGGCCUACUGCGUGUACUGCAAUUCCUCGCGCGCUGGGACUGGCGCACCGAGCCGCUCAUGGUCGAUACGUCGGGCAUGGCACCGAUGCUGCCCGAGGAGGAAGAGGUUGCCGCCGCCGCCAAGGCCGGCGACCCACGCACGCGUCUCGAGGCCUGGCGCAAGAUCGACCCGAACAUGAACCACACCGUUCUUUUUGUCUCGACCACACACGACAGCAGCGGCACGGCCUUCACCACCGACAACAGCGGCGGCCAGAGCCGACCGCAGCCGUCCAAGGUGGUAGCCUCGCGCAUGACCUGUCUAGCGCGUGCCGCCUGUCGUCUGGUCAAGGAGACGGACGUGUCGUCGUCGCCCACCGUCUCAGGGAGUCGCGCCCACCUCGAUCCUGCUCUGCUCUUCCAGCCGUCGCUCGGUGACUUUGACAUCCUCAUCCACUUGUCGCCGCGCAUCAUCAAGCGCCUCGUCAAGGGCGACAUUGCUGAGGACGGCAGCAACAGUGGCAGCGCGUCUUCUAAGCCGCGCCGAUCCAUUUACAAGAACCUGGACGCCCGCACCGGACGCGAUCUUCAUGUCUUGCCUGCCCACCCGGUCCAGCUCUUGCUGGACCAGCUGGACCACGUCUACGGUGGAGGUGCAAGCGCAGGCGGCGGUGGUGUCGGUCCUAUUGUCUUCUUCUAUGGCGCUCCUCGGGACGAGGACAAUGACAGCGACCACAUUGUCGCCGCUCUAUGGAACCCGCAGGUGCACCCGCGGUCCUUCCGCAUCAACGUGCCAUGCUCGUUCCGUCCCGUGGUUGCCGCAAAUAAGAGGAGCAAAGCCAAGAACGACGAUGUCGCUGCCGCCGAGCCCCUCAUCGAAGUCAACCGUGAAGGCAUCCUAGCUGAAAUUGCACGCAUUGGCGGCUCGCUAAUUGACCGUAUUGAGGUCGUGGAGAAAUAG